AUGACUGUGGCGGAUUCUAUGGCUCCCUGUGGCUUGUUCAUCACAAUUUUUGUGAUUUCCAAUCAAAAUGAGAAUUUCACAUUUCUCUUUUCGUGUCAAAUGCAUUCAAAUUAUUCAAGGUCAUUGUAUGCCAUUAGAACCUUGGUGAAGUCAAAACCAGGCAUACCUAUUGACCAACCGAGAGUAAUAGGAACGCCUUUUGAUGUUCCUGGUCAAAUUAGGCAACCCACACCCAUAAAUGUCCCAUCAAGCUCUAGGGACAAUGGAAAUGAUAUAAGUGAGUCCGAAGCGAACACGGAUGAUAAUUACCAUUAUGAAGUAAACAAGCGAUCCGCAGAUUCAAAGGUUACUUCGGACCAAGAUGAUAUUACUGUCACUGAAUUUUUCAUGGAAAAAGAAAAUGUCGCUACAGAUGACUUGAGUGAUUCUCAAUCAGAGGGUUUAUCCAUUAACUCCAAGAAAACAACCCAAACUGCUUCGUUGCAACAUUCAUCGAGCCCAAGGGUGAUUUUAUCUUUCACCAUUGAUCCAAGCAACCCUACAGACAAAAAUAAUUUAGACAUGCUUAAAAGUUUAGAUAAUGCCACAGGUGUGGACCACCUACCACCAUCUUUAUCUAACCAUAUCACGACAGAGAAUGAUACGACUGAUGAUCAUUCAGAAUCUUCAUCAAAGAAACACGCUCCUCCUAAUCGUAAAACCGCUUCUAAAAGAUCAAACCCCUCCGAUAACGAAUCAGAAUCCACGUUGGGAUAUUCUGAGGAGUUGGCCAAAAAAACCACCAAACGCCGCAAAAGUUCUAGUUCCGCAGCUUCGGUAGCAUCCACAACAACCGAUGGAUCUGGAAUUAGCAGUAUGACCAAGAAACGAAAACUUCCUAAACCACGAAAACCUAACAAUAAAAAACGAGUUAAACCUUGGGAAGAUGAUCCUGAGGAGGAGAUUCCACAUGAUGAUGCAGUUGUUACCAUCGCGGAGUUAUGUAAAGAUAUUAAAAGAGGAAGAAAGUCAACUACUUUUAAAGAAUUAGAAUUGGCUAAAUACCAUAAAGCACAGCAAAGACGUGCCAAACGUCUAAAGCUUAAUAAUCCGGAGGAAGAAACUACAUCGUCAACUCAAAAAGAUUUAUCGUCAAAUAAUAACGAUGAUGGAGAACCUCAAGAGAGAAAUACCGAUGAAGAAGCCAAUAAUGAAAGCAAUGACAAGCCGAUACUGAUGAAACGUCGUGUUUUUGCAAACCGCGGUAGUCGAUUCAUAAACGACAAUGGACAAUAUACUGUUCGAGAAGAUCCCAAAGAACGACGUAACACAUUUAAUGCUGAAGGAAUGGAGGUUAUUGAAGAAGAUAAAUUCUCGCACAUUGUAAAUUCACACUCUUAUGCCAAACGUCCGAGAAAAAAUGAAAGGUGGACGAAUGAGGAAACCGAGUUGUUUUACAGGUCUUUAUCCCAAUGGGGAACGGAUUUCGAGAUAAUAGCUCAAAAGUCAUUUCAUAAUACUAAAACGCGUGGACAAAUAAAAAAUAAAUAUAAACGAGAAAGGAAAACAAAUCCUGAACGUGUUAAUGAUGCUUUAGAUACCCGUAUACCAAUUAAUAUCGAGGAGUUGAAUAUUCAAAUUGUAGAAGAAAUUGAUGAAUCCGCGACGACAUUCGUCACUGAUUCGGCCAACGAAAAUCUGGAACGUAACGAAGACCAAGGGGACGGGAAUCAAGGAUUUGACACGUCGAGUUCCAAUGCCGAGGAUUAUUAUGAUGAUGAGGUUGCAGACAUGGUUGAAAUGGAUUAA